GUGUGAGUUUCUCAAGGACGAUGGUGAACGUUUCUUAGCAGUCUUUUUACGCCUCUUGCGCGCUUUGGAGGGUCAUUGUGUUGCCUCGGACAGGAGUGCUUUGGAUCGUGUUGAUGAGUCGAUCCAUAGCGGAGUCAAAAAGGGACGUAGUACAACCGAAGAAACAUCUUCAAAUAGAAAUAUCAAAGUGUUGUUCCACAAGAGAAACGUUCUGGAGAUCCUAUGCGAACACUCUCAGAGAGUGUGCGAUGAUGUGGAAUGUCUAGAUCCAAGUGGUUGGCGCCGUGUGGAAUGCUUGGGUUCUCUCGCUGCUUUGAUAGAAUUGCGACUUGGUAGAGGGACGUCCGGAAUGGAUAGUACAACAGGUGCGCUCGAAGGAGAUAAAAAAACAGAAGACUUUUCUACUAAAAGUACACCGACAGCUGAAGCAGAUAACACAGCAGCAGCAUUGGUGCGGUCUCUUGUACUUUUGAGACGAUCUUUUGCGGCUGAUGAUGGAGACAAAGGCUACUACUCGUCUAGAGUGCAAGAAGCAUCAAGGUCGUGCAUUUACUCCGCUCUCCGCGAACUAAUGUUUCAUCGUGGAUUGACGGAGGUGUCUGCAGCAAUGCUACAACGCGUUUGCGUCACUGUGUUGGAGGAGAAGAAACUACGCGAUGGUCGAUUAUCCGAGAAGAUGAAGAACAAUGCUGGGAACACAACUAUUGUUAAGGGUAGGUUAAAGGUGCUUUUCUUACCGCUUUUUAUGCCUCUCCUAAGGGAGAAAGGCAUAACAAGCGGGGUAAGCGAGCACCAAAAACCUACCUCUAAUAUCGAUAAUGCAGAUUGUUCAACAUCUUCGAGUUCGAGUAGGCUAUCACUACCGCUGGCUUUGCUUCUCGGGAGACUUCUGCUUGCGGUUUCUGCGCGGAUAUCGACCUCGACGAGGAGUCGAUCUGUACUAGAUCGUGGAAAAGAAC